AUGGGCUACUCUACGGAGACGGCGCUCCACUCUUUGGUUUCCCAAAUUGAGAAAGAUCUCAUGGAAAGAGGCUACGCGGUGAAGACCUUUCUGGACAUAGAGGGUGCCUUCAACAACACCUCUCACGAGGUGGUUUGCAGGGAGGCAACGCUGCGGGGCGUUCCACACAGGCUGGUUCAGUCGAUCAGAGGUAUGCUCCGGCGGCAAGUUGUAACGACGCUCGGCGCUGUCAGUGUCGGCGGCUGGAUGGAUCGAGGGUGCCCGCAGGGCGGAGUGCUCUUUUCACUUCUUUGGGAUACGCGGUUGACACCGGCCGUGUCAGUGAAAUAUCUGGGAGUCAUCCUAGAUAGGAAGCUGACAUGGAAGGAGCACCUGGACGAUCGGUGUAAGAGUGUAACCUCUUACUUCUGGCUGUGCAGAAGAUACUUUGGACAGACCUGGGGCCUCAGGUCGGGAAUGGGCUACUGGAUUUAUACUGCCAUUCUUAGACCUAGUCUUCUGUAUGCUGCAGUAUUAUGGUGGCCUAGGGUACAGCUAGCGUCGGCGAAAAUAUCGCUGGAGCACCUGAGGGCUCUUAUUUUAAGAGGGGCUCUUGGGGCUAUGAGAACCACGCCAAUUGCAGCGAUGGGAGUGCUGCUCGGUAUCGAGCCACUUUGCCACACGGUUGUUGCCGCUGCUGCAUCGGCGGCUUACCGUCUGAGCUGUGUGGGAAAAUGGAGGGCCGGCACCAGGCACACUAAACUUCCCGACGGAGUCCUUUCUCAUCCUAUUUUCAGUAUGGGGCAGGACAAAAUGCCAGCCAUUCGUGCCCUGAAGGCGCCAUUCAAAGUGUGCUUUCCGGAGAGAGAAGACUGGCUUAGGCCGCAGGGUCCGGUACUGAAGAAUGGGCUCAUUCUUUUUACGGAUGGGUCCAGGAUCGGCUUGGGCUCAGGGGCGGGCGUUUACUGCCGAGGGGAAGAGAUCAGUGAAUCCAUUCCACUCGGUGAAUUUGCCACGGUCUUCCAAGCGGAGAUAGUGACGAUCUUGUGCUGUGCACAAGGAUUCCUCGCUAACAAAGAGAGGGGCCAGCGCAUCAGCAUCUGUUUGAACAGCCAGGCGGCUCUGAGGGCCCUUGGUGCUCCGAUUACUACCUUCAAACUGGUCUGGGAAUGCAGAGGCACCCUGGAAGAACUUGCGAGGGACAACGAGGGCAAUGAGGCGGCCGACCAGCUUGCUAGAGCUGGCUCGGAGACUGCGUUGGUGGGACCGGAGCCGGCUGUCGGAAUCCCUCACAGCCUGGGCAAAAGGGAAAUUGGUCGCUGGCUGCGGAACCAGCAUUUGGCCUCCUGGAAGAGCGCGGCUGGAUGCAGGCAGGCGAAGGCUCUCCUUGGAGAUUCUCUGAGAGAGGGCCUCGCCAGCGGCAUCAAAAAGCUAAGUAGACGAGAGGCCGGGCUAGUGACUCGCAUUCUCACCGGGCACGGCACUCUCAAUUACCACCUGCAAAAAUUGGACAUCAGUAUGAGGCCCAACUGCAGGAAAUGUAAUGCACCAGAAGAAACCAGCCUCCAUGUGCUGUGUGACUGCCCGGCCUAUACCAGUGUCAAACUGGAACUGCUAGGCUCUGCUUUCCUGGAGUCCCAGCAG